AUGAAAGAGACAGUAUGGGUGAAAAGGGAGAACCCGAUGCAGGGCUCCACGCGCGUCCCAUCCAGGAACUCCCUCGAAAUCGCCUACUCGGACGUCCAUUACUGGGUCCGCGAUCACAAUGGAAGUACGUCAAAUUCUGAAAAGUCGGUUGAUGAGGCUUCCGCGGAAGGCGAACAUGUUUGA